AUAGAGAAGGAAAACAUCGCACUGCACAAGAAUUGCCAAAGAUGCUAAAUGAAUGUGUUACGAAUAAUACUAGCUUAAAAACUUUCCUUAAAGAUGUUCUUACAUUUAAUUUAUCAUUUGAAAAUGGAACGGCUACGUUGGGGAGAACAAUGGGAAACCCUAAGGAAGGAAAUCAUUAUUCAGAAUAG